AUGCAUUUUAUUUCCCGAAGAUCUUCAAAAGUACUCCAAUCUAAUUGGCUGGAGAUUGGAGCUCGGAAAGGCGGUGCGUGUAUGUCACUACAGGCAUUUGACGAUGUCCGGCACGACAAGAACAGUUUUUUACAAGAUGCCGGUGGUGUCAGGGAUUACAAAAUGUAUGGGUGCAGCACGCGUCCAUGCAUGCAGAUGUGCAUUAAGGCGUCCACCAAUAAUGAACAUGAUAAAGAAAAUUUGAUGUAA